UAAAAAAAAAAACAGAAGAUUUUCUUUUUCAGCUUAAUAACAAAUAACAGUUGUGAAAGAAAAUUUAAUUUUAAACCUAACAAAAAGCGUUAAAUUAUUAAUUGAAGUAAAAAUAUUUAUUUAUUUAGUAAUACGUGUGUGACACAAGUGUUCAAAUUCCCUCUACCAACAAAAGUCAUCUAUUUACUAACAACAACAACAACAACUACUACCAAUAGCAGACGGACAAUAUACCCUUGCUAAUUAAAUGUUAAUCACACCAUUCCCACCAAUAUAAAUCCAACGCGUCUUCUUGCUUUUUAAAUAGAAUUUUAAAUUAAAACAAACAAAAACAAAUCAUAAAACAUGUCAUCAGCCUUACAGACGGCCACUUUGGAGGAAAUGCGUCAUGCUGCUUCACGCAUAUGUCGUGAUUACUUAAAUGGACGUUGGAAGGUAGUACCUGCUGAACAAUUGAUAUUUAAAAGAAUCAGUGGUGGUCUUUCAAACUUUUUGUAUUAUGUAAGUCUGCCACCUCAGCAGGACAAUGCCAAUGAGUCGGUAGAUUAUCAGGCGCCUCAAGCAAUGGAAACCUCCUUGGACCGUGCCACUGCAACUGCUUUACUCACCUCUGUAGAUGAUGAAAAUAGAAAUGAGCCCCAUUACAAUGAAUUGGUGGCAGCAGUGGGCGAUAUGAAUGGCAAUAAACGCAAAAGAUUUGACAGUGCUUCUUCUGGCUCCUCAGCCGCUUUAAGACAAAAUGAACCUGAGGAAGUACUUUUACGUAUAUAUGGCCAAUCGCAUGGCGAAGAUGCUCUCGAGGCCAUGAUUACCGAAUCUGUGGUCUUUGCUUUACUCAGCGAGCGUCAUUUUGGUCCUAAGCUUCAUGGCAUAUUCCCGGGCGGUCGUAUUGAACAGUAUAUACCCGCCAGAGCUUUACUAACAACUGAACUCUCCGAUCCCAAGAUUUCCCUUAAGAUAGCUGAAAAAAUGGGUGAAAUCCAUGGUCUCAAUAUACCUAUGUCCAAAGAACCCGAUUGGGUUUGGAAUUGUAUGAAUCGUUGGCAACGUCUCUUGCCCGCUAUUCUAAGUCGUAAUGAUUGGCAGGAGAAUCAA